CAAGGUAAAGUAUUUCUUUUGAGACAACACCUAACAAGAGUGUGUAGAUAAAGGCAGGUCUGUAUAUGUAUUUGGGGCAGUGGCUGUAUUUUCCAGACAAAAAUCUACAAAUUCUUCUAGAUUUGAUAAAGGAUUCUUCUCUGCUCUGUUUCAACAUGUCCCUGUACAGCUUUGGGACAAAGCCUAUAUCAUGUCAUGCUUGGAACAAAGACCACACCCAACUUGCCAUCAGUACUAAUGACCACACUGUGCAAAUUUAUCAGAAAGAUGGAAAUGAAUGGAAGAAAAUCCAUGAACUUGCAGAACACAAUGGAAAUAUCACAGGCAUUGACUGGGCUCCGAACUCCAACCGUAUUGUGACAUGUGCAGUGGAUAGAAAUGCUUAUGUUUGGUCCCUGAAAGAUGGGGUAUGGAAACCAACCCUUGUCCUCCUGCGCAUCAACCGUGCAGCUACUUGUGUGAAGUGGUCACCACUGGAAAACAAGUUUGCUGUAGGCAGUGGGGCACAGUCUAUCUCGGUGUGCUACUUUGAGGAAGAGAAUGACUGGUGGUUGAGCAAACACAUCAAGAAAUCAAUUAAAUCAACCAUACUUAGCUUGGACUGGCACCCAAAUAAUGUCCUCCUAGCCGCUGGGUCAUGUGACUUCCAGUGCAGAGUUUACUCUGCUUACGUUAAAGAGAUUGAAGACAAGCCCUCUUCAACGCCAUGGGGCACAAAGAUGCCUUUUGGAGAGAUUCUGUUUGAAAAGGGAGAGAAUGGAGGAUGGGUGCAUGAUGUUUGCUUCUCCCCGAGUGGAGACUGCCUUGCCUGGGUGUCCCAUAGUAGCACAGUAUGUGUAGCUGAUGCUGCCAAGGAGAAACAAGUGACCCAGCUCAAGAUUGAAUUCCUGCCUUUUCUAAGCAUUGUAUAUGUGAGUGAGGACAACCUUAUUGCUGCAGGUCAUGACUGUAGCCUGUGCCACUUUCAGUAUGUUGAUGUCGAUAAUCUUCAGUUCGUCAGCAAGCUUGGAAUGGCAAAAGGAAGCUUGAAAGGCAACCAGUCUGCCAUGCAGCACUUUCGUAACCUAGAUAAAAAAGCAACUACUGACUCAGAUGAUACGGGCUUGGAAACAUUGCAUCAGAACAGCAUUAGUCAAUUACGCAUCUUUCAUGGAGAGAAAUCAAAUGGGGCCAAGUUUAGCAGCAUUGGUUUGGAUGGAGCACUGGUUAUCUGGGAUUUUGAGGUUCCAAAGUGAAAUAAUUAGUGAAAACAAUGAAUACUACAGCAAAACCAGCAGAAUUUAAAAUUUAUUUUAUUCAGCCUGGAUAAUUAACUUCCUGUAAGGCACUGAUGUCCUCUUGUCAAGAAUACAUGGACACCCUGCAAAAAUGUAUUUUUAUUUGUAAUUACUGGACUAUAUUCUGUGCAAACUAUACAGAAUCUCUUUCAACUUUUUCUUGCAAAAGUCUAUUUUUUUUAUUCAGUGCUGUUUAGUAGAUGAUAAACAUAUACCUUGACCAUUGCAAUGCCAUGUGUUUCAAAACUCAUAACUGUUUCUGAGUUACAGUACAUCAAGGGUUCACAGUUUAUUAGUCACAGCCCUGCAAAUCAAUCUCAGUAACUCCUUUGGGUUACUGCAGUUAUAGCUGUUUUGAAUUACAGUUUCCCUUUGAUUUACAAAUACUGUACAGUAUUACAGGUGCGUCAGAUAUGACUGUGUCUCUUUUUGGGCAACAUAUGAUUAAUGUAACUAAAACAUCUAAAUCUUCUGGAGAUCACAAACUCAAAGUAACAUCCCUGAGGUAAUGCAAAAUAUAAAAUCAAUUGUCUUUUGCAGGGGGACAAGUUUUGUCAAAGAUUGUAUUGUAUUGUUUUGUUACUUUAUGAUGCACCCUGGGCUGAGCCUGUAAUUGGUCUUUGUUUGAUGAGUAUUCUAACUCGGAAAACAAAAUAAAAUAGAAUAAAUAAAUAAAAAC